GUUUCCCUCCGAUCAGCCGUGUCGUCGUCGUCGUGACGCAUCAUCACCUCCUCCGCCGCUGCCUGGCUACAUAAAAGCAAAAAGCUGCGAUUUUCGUAAAAGUUUAUUCACUUUCUUCGCAUCAUCCGCCCACGCAAAAGGAAGGCACUCGCGCUAAAGAAAUACAGUCUCCGAGUUCGCCGCGCUUCCGAUUUGGAGAUUAAUCUUCGAUUGCCGUAUUUUUCGGUUUUCGGAAGGUCACUUUUGUUUGACGUAGCAGUUCGGGUCUAUAAAUAAUCAAUGGACGACGGCGGAAUAAAAUCAAUCGAACGAUAACAAGAGUUUGUUCUAUUCGCUAGUGGCUUAACUAGUGUGCGAUCUGGAAGUGGUUCCGGAGAGGUGUUUAGUGCGUUUGAAUUUUAAUUUGUUAAUCGUGGUAUUUAUUGAUUGGCAGCUAGUUAUAUAAGACGGCAAAGUGUUGGACGAUUAAGAACAAAGUCACAGUAAGAAAAAUGUCCGGCAAAAGUAUUAUGAGCAAAUUUGUGAUCCGGAACAUUGUCCAGAUGGUGGUCAACUGUUCGUACGUUUGCGUGUUCUAUCUCAUGCUGCUGAGCCUGCUGGACACGGCCGGGGUCGGCGCGAACAAGCUCCCCGAGGAGGACAUAUCGAUGGCCACGGAGACCAACAAUGCCGACAUCGGCAGCAGCGACAUGCCCGCGGACAAGUCCGGUGGAUUCUUCAACUCCGAAGUGGGCUUCGUCCACGCCUUCAUCGCGUCGUUCUCGGUCAUCAUCGUGUCGGAACUGGGCGAUAAGACGUUCUUCAUCGCGGCCAUCAUGGCCAUGCGGCAUCCCCGGCUGACGGUGUUCACCGGUGCGAUUGCCGCCCUGGCCCUGAUGACGGUCCUUUCGGCCGUCUUCGGCAUGGCCGCCACCAUCAUUCCCCGGGUGUACACCUACUACAUCUCGACGGCGUUGUUUGCGCUAUUCGGGCUGAAAAUGCUCCGCGAUGGCUACUACAUGUCGGCCACCGAAGCGGCCGAAGAGCUGGAGGAGGUGCAGUCCGACAUCAGAAAACGAGAGGACGAGUUGAUGCGCUCGAUGAACGGCAACCGCAAGGAAACGGUCGAGCUGGUCCCUCUCAACGACCAUGACAGUAGCAAGGCCCAUUCGUCGCCGGAUCGAACCGUCGGCGGAAGCACCAUGACUAAUGGAUCGCUCCACUCGCUCGUCUCGAACGCACACCACCACAACCACGACCUGCCCGGGUCCAAAACGAUUCGCCUGUCUGCCUCGGCAUCGCAUCUCCAGGCAUCGAAUCAGCAUCUCCCCGGGCAUCAUCUCAGUGAUAGUAGUACUAGCAUAAGUAGAAGUAAGCAUGGUUCGGCGAAAAGCCUGGCCGUAACCCUGGGCGAGCAGAACGAACAACGCCAACGGACGCGAUCCGGAAUCGUGGCCAACGGAGGAGGGAUCAAUGCAACCGGUGCGGGCACCGGAGCCAAUGGGAUCAUCUCCAUGGGACUGGUCGAUGGAAACGACUCAACUGCGGUCGGCUCAACCGGGUCCAUCAACCAAAGCAAACGGCUGGAACGUGAAACGUCGGCCACCGUCGUCCAGGAUGCGGAAACCGGUGUCAUCCGCAAGAACAAGCAACGCAGCGCGUGGAAUCUUUUGCUCCGAAUCUUCAUGCAGGCCUUCACGAUGACGUUCCUGGCGGAGUGGGGCGACCGGUCCCAGCUGACCACGAUCAUCCUGAGUGCCCGCGAAAACGUUUACGGUGUGAUCAUCGGUGGCGUCAUCGGACACGCCAUCUGCACCGGGCUUGCCGUGAUAGGUGGCCGGAUGAUCGCGCAGAAAAUCUCCGUCAGAACUGUGACUCUUAUCGGUGGUGUCGUUUUCCUAAUAUUCGCGGUCAGUGCACUGUUCUUCAGUCCGGAAGAGGAACCCGUGAAAGUGUCGCCUUAGAGAAAGAAAAAAUCAGGACCCCGCCCCUAAAAGGAAACAGGACAAUGACCAUUCUUAGCCGUAUUUACUUUAGUUAGGCCUAUUUUUACCACCAUUGUGAAACAUACACCGCUAGUACCUUUAUGCAAUAAGUUUAAUUUUCAUUUGUCAGACCAUCAAUGUGUGAAUAGUCCAUCGUCAAGCCGAAAGUGAGCAAAAAUAUUAGUUUUCGUAUACCAACUUAACUUUAGAAAAGCUUAAGUCCAAAACUGUGAAACACACUGAACUUGUAGGAUGCAGUGAGGCAGAAAAACUUUUGUAAAUUACACAAUCUGGCUGUUUAUGAACGAAAAUCAAUCAAAUGUUAUCAAAUAAAGUGGUAUGUAUUGAAGUAUUGAAUUGUGAAUGUUAGGAUUACUGAUUUGUCGUCGAAGUUAGAUUUUCAAUACCAAAUCGGUACGCUGUCUUUCAGUCGUAGGUAUGUGAAUUGCAUUUAUGGUCGGCUGCAGUCAACUGGCUGAACUACAAUUUUGUAGUCGACAAGUUCCAGUGUUGUUAUCUGUACAUGACCAAAUCAAUUCGCUUUUGUGUUAUAGGUAACUGACGUGAUAAAGUCACAAGUGAUGUGCUCUGAUAACACUGAAAAUGUAUUAUUGGCUAGAAAAGAUACGCGAGAAUAAACUCCGCUCAUUAAAAUUGAAAAAA